CACCUAAGCCUAGAGCGCAACAGGAUAACCGACCUCCGCCAGUGCGACCGCUACCUGCCUCCACACUUAGAACAUCUAGGGCUGGCACACAACAACAUCCCCGACCUGAACGAAAUCAGCCAUCUGGUGCACCUGACGAAGCUGGAUAGCUUCUCAGUGCAAGGCAACCCUUGUGUAGCUAUGGCGGGGAAGGACAAACUAGGUUUCGACUACCGUCCGUUCGUCUUGAAUUGGAUACUCAGUGUGAAAAGCAUCGAUGGCUUCGUCGUCAGCGCGAUAGAGAGCCUAAAAGCAGAAUGGCUGUACAGUCAAGGCAAGGGCCGCCAUUUCCACGCCGGCCAGCACCAAGAGUUAUGCGAGUACCUGGCCUCCACCUGCCCUCUCACGGCCGACGCACUCGAGACCGAGGACCAGAGGAAACUGCGCCUUAUUCUCAGCAAGGCUCAACAUCAUCAACAGCAGCUAAAAGACCAAAACCACAGUCCCUUGAAAACUAAGUUACAAUCUCCGAGAGUUCAAU